CCAGCAUUCUGCUGCUGAUCGCACAGAGGGCGUGCAAGAUGUCAGGUCUGGAGCCAGCAAUUAUCACAGCAACCGCUAAGGUUGCAGCCCCCAUCCUGCCUAUCGCCAUUAAAGCGAUACAAGAUACACUGAGGAAACGCCAAGUCGAUGGCAACGAUAUCACAAUCCUGAAAUCCCAGCUUAGCUACAUCCAGGGUAUCAUCCUUGAUACUCGAAAGACCAUCAGAAUUGCCCAAAACCCGUCCGGCAGGCUUCAAUCCUGGGUUAGAAACCUCAGCUGCUUGGCGUACGACAUUGAAGACUUAAUAGCGGGCCAGGAGGCCAAAACCAAGACAGGUGCGAAGCUUAAUGACGAGAUUGCAAUCAUCCAGCGUAUACUUCUUUUUAUAAACAACUGUCCGGAGCUUAUGGUGAUUCCGGAUGAGGCUUCUCUUGGGCAAAGAGGUGCUUCUUCCUCCACUUCAAGCGCACAGAGCAUCCCUUCCAAUCCACACAAGGAAAAGAACUUUCCACUGGCAGAUCUCGUGGGCAAGGAGGAGCACCUCCGUGAGCUUCUGGGCCUCGUACGGAUACGGAAUAAACCCACGGGAACCGACGACCUCGACCUCAACCUCAAGGUGAUGGUGAUCUCCGUCGUCGGCUUUGAUGGCGUAGGGGAGACCAAGCUUUGCCACUAUGUGUACGACGACGUACAAAGGAACAGUAAGUUCUCUCUGUACGCCUCUGUUAGCGCUGCUGGGAAGGAUGGCAGUAUGGUUCUGGAAGAGAUAAUCAAACAAUUUCACAUGCAAGAGGAUCCAACAGAUAGGACAGGUGGACUUUUGCAAAGGGUGCUCCAGAUGACAUUUCGUGGGGAUCCUAAUAAUGACCAAGUUCAUCAGUUAUCAUUAUCACGGUAUCUCCAAAGAAAAAGGUAUUUUAUCGUGGUGGACGAUGUGGAGUCUGAAGAACUGGUCAAGUUCAUAGCAUCCGUCUUCCCGGACAAUAAUAUGGGCAGUAGAAUAAUCAUGGGUAUGAUGACCGUAGUGGGCAAGGAUGCGGAGAGAUGUGACGGCCACAUGUCCAAGAUGAGGCCACUUCAAGACGAGAAGUCGGUAACCUGGUUUCUGAAUGAAGCGGAUCAGCGAUCAACAUUCAGUGAGUUUCGGGAACAGGGCAGCUCGUCAUCAUGUUUGCAAAAGAUAUGUGACGGCGUACCACUUGCACUGGUUUGCGUAUGUGAAGUCCGCGGAGGGUCCAUCUCUGCUGCUGCCGCUGUUGAAAAGGCGUGCAGGGAACUCCGCACGGUGGAAAAAGACCGGUGGCCAGACAUAAUGCCAGUGGUGAUUCCCCACAGCUACGAUAGUCUGCAUAUCCGGAGUGUUGUUGGGAGCUGUCAGAACCAAUAUAUCCCGUAUCUCCAGGCCUGCUUGCUAUACUUUGCCAUGUUCCCACGCGGCAAUGUCAAGAGGGGAUCUCUAGUCAGGCGAUGGCAGGCGGAAGGCCUAGAGUUCGGAGACAGCAAUCAAGCAGGAGAAAACCUGAAGAUCCUCGUAGAUCGGAACUUCGUUUGGCCCCUCCAUGUGAGCACGAAUCGACAUCAGCACGCAAAGACAUGCCAGCCUCCUGGAGUGGUGCUCGAUUACAUCUCCCGCAUGUCUGAAAUGGAGGAAUUCAUCUUCAAGUCUUGUCCCAGUCGAGGUCCUACUCAGAAUUGCGGCCGCCGGCUUUGUCUACACCCCCCCGGGGAAGAUAGGCCUGAACCGUUGGUCAUUACCAACGAUUCUGUACCACCACACCACGUCUGCGAACUCUAGCUGUAUCCUGUGGACACCAAGAAGCUCGCAUGAUCGCUAAAUGCGAGCAGCUCCGAGUGCUGGAUCUGGAGUCAUACAAGGGGCUUCAAGCUACCGAGCUCAAAGAGAUAUGCCAGAAACUGAGGCUGCUGAAGUAUCUCAGUCUCCUGCCAGAUGUCAUCACAGAACUUCCAAGAUCAUAAUGUCUAAUUUGAAGUUCAUGGAGACACUCGAGUUGGGGGAGGUCAAGGGCAAGGUGGCAGUUCUGGUUCCUAUUGAAGUCAUCAGCCUGCCCUGCAUAAAACACCUCAUCGGGAAAUUUGAGCUAAUGGACAGCUGGCACAAAAUACCAAAUAGGUUCUGGGUAAAAGUUCCAGAAGCAAUCAAGGAGAGCAAACUCGAGAGGCUAUCAGGAUUCGUCACCCGCAGAGGCCGAGGAUUCCCGCCACUGAUGUGUCACAUGAAAAAUCUCAGGAAGGUGAAGAUAUGGUUCUGUAGAGAUGCAGAUGCAAAAUGCGUAGAAGACUAUCUUCCAGACGCAAUUACAAAAUUCCUCAACAAUGACAAAGGUCAUCACUCCCUGUCACUGGAUUUCCAUGACUACCCGAGCCCACAAGAAUUACUGCGGGCGUCUCUAGCCAAAGCUAGUGGUGAGCUUUACUCCCUGAAGCUGUCCGGCGAAAAGCUGAGCAAGAUUGAUUUCUUUGCUAUUACCUAUAAUACCAAGCUGACAGGUAUUAGAAAGCUAUGCCUUUGCUGGAAAGAGAUAAUGUUGGAUAAAUGGUUUCUAGAUGAACUGAGCAAAUUGAACCAGCUCAUGUAUCUGAAGCUGGAUGCAGAAACAAUUAAAGGUCAAGACGUGAACUACCCACAAGCUGGAAAUAACAGAGCGAAGAUCGUCAUCGAGACUACUCACAUCAAAAAUCUGGAGCGGAUGUGCCUUGUGGCCAAGCAAACACUGGCUGACAUAGAAAUCAACCAUACAGCUCUGCAAAAGCUUGUUUCACUUCAUCUGAUCAGUGGAGACAUCAAUUAUUGUCCUUCCGUCAACAUUAUCUCUACAGCCAAUGGUCAGGUCCGGCUCAAUAACCUCAGGGAGAUCGCACUGAAUGCUACAGUACUUGAAGAUUCAAGGAAUAAUUGGCGUGAAGCUGCAAGGAACCAUCCGAAUAGGCCCAACAUUCUGUUCAUCGAACACCCUCAUUGUGCUGGAUAACGGUACUACCGUGCCCUCCGUAAUACGCAUACCGUGCUAUAUGUUCUUCGUGAAAAGCUGCAAGUCCUCUCAUUGUCGCCAUGCAGUGCUGCUGCUUCUUCAAGAUUGAUUUGUUCUCCAUAUAUACGUACUCAACUUGGCCAUUCAUAUAAUAUUUGUAUUCAUUUUAUAAACUGCCAUUUUUUAUCCAUUGUUGUGAUUAUUCAGGAAUAAAUCGA